AGCAGCAGAUGCAGCAGCGCUGCCGCCCUUGCUAGUGUCCGAGACGCAGAAGCGCUCCUCUGAGGAUCUCGUCCAUCGACUGGUCUUCAAUGCAAGCGCUGGAGCUACCGUGCUGCCCAUCGGGUCCGCUAAGUGCGAGCCGACGACCAAACAUAUGAUCCUGCCGCCUUCGUCCGGCUUUCUGGUCACCGACCUGCUGCGCUCCCAGCUACACCUUCCGCGUGGCUUGCAGGGCGUGCUGGAGUAUGCCUCCGUCCUUGCUCCUGCUCGACCCGCCGUACCCCAAUCGCUCGGCAACUCGUCUGAACGAUCAGCGGUUGCGUCGUUGUCAACAGGCGAAGCCAGACGGCAGGACCCGACCUGAGGCGUACGCUCCCACGGCUGAUCUCUUCGACCUCUGGGCGCUCAAGACGCCCAUCACCGCGCUGCUCGCACUGGCCGAGCCGGACGAGGCACCCCUCGUGGCGUGUUGGGUGACGAACGACCCCAAGGCACAGCACUUCCUGCUGCACAAGCUCUUUCCUGCGUGCGAUCUGGCAUACAUCGGCGAGAUUGCCUGGCUCAAGGUCGUCGCGCCGUGUUCUGUGGCCGCGACGUGUGAUCACGACCCUCAGCCAGCUGCCACUCAGCUCCUCGUCUCGCCCGAAGCGCUGGGCCGCAAGCCAUACGAGCUGCUCUUCCUGGCUCGACAUGUGGCGCCAGGCUCGCAAACGCAGGCAGAGCAAGUCGCACCUGCGUUCGUGGCCAGUGUGCCCCUUGGACACAGCCGCAAGCCGUACAUGCUUGACGUCCUGCGGCCCCUGCUGCCACCGUUGCACCGCCGCAGCCCGAGGGUCAUCGAGUUCUUCGCCAGGAACCUCUGUGCCACGCGAGAAGAUAGUGCCGCGACAGCGUCGACGGCGUCCGAGUCUGCCAGUCUCGCUGACGACGGCUACUGGCUCUCGCUGGGGAACGAGGCGUGCAAGUUCAACGUGCUGGGCGAGGGCCUUGCGCGCGAUGCCAGCAAGGAAUGCCAUGGUUGACAGCGGGCUCCGGGGCGGCACGAAGCCUGAAGUCUCAGCCGUCUCUCGACACGCCUGUCCGAUCCGUCGAGCGAGCGCCGGAUGCUGCUCGCUCGCCGCGACGCCAUCGGGAUCGGGCGUGGCUGAGCCGAGCUGGCGCAGAGAUGUGCGCAGAGCACGAGGCCGCCAUGCCAAGUGCUCCAGGCGUUCCUCACACACGCCGUGCGGCUUGCAGCGGGCGUCGGCGGUGCUGGCGGGCUGCCCGAGCAGCGGCGGCGGAGGAUGAAGUCGGCGCCACACGCGGACGCACCGCUGCAGCGGCGUCGUCGGGAAAACGCCGCAGGCGCAGCCACGCGGCACCGACGCAUCCGCUGCCGAGCGACUGGAGCAAAUGGAAACGAAGCUCAAGCUCUGCUGCGCGGCACCGAGG